CCGGAAGUGUAUGUUUAUGUCCGAAACACCGAGCUCGUACAGUAUGUAAAAGCGUGAUUUUCAGCGGAAGUGAUGUGACCAAGGAGGUGUCAAAAUGUCAGACCUCAUGUUAAAUGUGCGUCUGUCCGGGGACUACUCAUCGGGAGCGGUGACGCCAAACCGGAUGCUUCUGUAUAAAACGCAACAACACAAUGUGGCCCAUAAAUUAAAAAAACGCAAACGCAAAAGAAAGAAGUUCACGCCGACGUCAGAGCAAAGCGUGACGUCAGCCCAGCCUCCAUCUUGUGACAUUUCUACACCAAACCAAGUCUUACCUCACUCAGAGAUCGCCGACACGACUUCAUCUUCCUCACGCCAGCAACCUUCUUUGACCGCGUCGAACGCUGACACCAAAGCCUUAAAACCGAACUCUAAAUCAAUCCCGAUCGCCACGUGUCAUCUGUCGGCCCUCCCCAGCAAGUACCUCGCCAUGGACUGUGAGAUGGUGGGCACGGGGCCAAAGGGAAGCAUCAGCCAGCUGGGUCGCUGCAGCAUCGUGUCGUACGAGGGCGACGUGGUAUACGACAAGUUCAUUAAGCCCUCAGUCCCCGUCACCAACUACCGCACACCGUGGAGCGGCAUCCGUGCCUGUGACCUCAGGAAGGCCACGCCCUACUGCCAGGCCAGGAAGGAGAUCUUGAAGCUCCUGGCCGGCAAGGUGGUGAUCGGUCACGCUGUGCACAACGACUUCCAGGUGCUGCAGUACUCGCACCCGGCCGCCCUGACCCGGGACACGUCGCGCAUCCCACUGCUCAACCGGCGUGCCGGCUUCGAGGAGAAGGGAUGCGCCUCGCUCAAGAGGCUCACAAAGGCCAUCUUCAAUCGGGACAUCCAGACGGGGCGCGGCGGCCAUUCCUCGGUGGAAGACGCCCGGGCUACCAUGGAGCUUUACAAGCUGGUGGAGGACGAGUGGGAGAAGACGUUGGCGUCAAGAAAGCCAGUCGGCAGCAGAGGCAGCAGCUUAUUUGCUCAUUCCACAGGCUCCACCCACUCAGUUCCUGCAAUUGCCACCUCCGCCGGUUCGAACGAAGGUGAUCAAUAAGAGUAUCUUUCAAUGAAGUCACGAGCAGGGCAAAGGCGCCUCGCUUCCCGCAGCACGUUUGGAAAAACAAAACACGUGGGAAAAAAAAAACAAUAUUUUGUUUUUAAUUAAUGAGAACAAAUGUGUGACUGAGCACCUAGAUGUAUCUUUCAGGCUGCGUAUGACCUCCAUUUUAUUUUUCUAUCCCCUAAAAUGUGUUUGUAUCCAUGUUUUUAGGUUCUUUUAGCGUAUGUUUUAAUGGUUGUCCAUUGUCAUUAAUGUAAAUUCAAUAUAGAAAGGAAAACUAUUUAAAGUAGCAGGUUUUUGUCAUGGAAAAAAAUGAAAAAGCUUGGCAACAUUUGAAGAGUCUUCCUUACACAAGCGACAUGAGGUGUAUACAAAAUUGUCAAAUCGGUUUCGGCUGCAUUUAGGUCUGGGCUCUGGCUGGGCCUUUCCAACCAUCGAAGGCUUUCUAUUGUUGCUGCUGACGUGAGUUUAUGCUUGAAAAAAUGUCAACUUAAGUGUUAAACUAAAAUGCUAGAUCCGUUUCACGUUAUAACGUAGAAAAUAAUAAAUAAAUAAAUUUCACCCCUCUUCAUCCCGCCCCCCCAAAAGGCAAUUACUUGUGGUUUUGCUACGUGUUCUGUACUACGGAAGCGUAUUGCUGCCACACCAAAAAAAAAGGAGUCACGAUCACGUUAUAACGUGCUAUGUUUCACGCUAUAAUGUGGAUGUUUCAUGUUAUAACAUGAUAUGUUUCACGUUAUAAUGAGGUUAACUACACAAUGUGAAUCAUUUCAUGUUGUAACGUGAAAAGUUUCAUGUUAUAACGUGAAACUUUUCACGUUAUAGUGUGAAACUUUCAAGUUAUAACAUGAUAUGCUCUAUGUCAGGGCUCAGCAACCUUUUUGAGGCUGAGGGCUACUUCGUGAGCACCGAUCGUAUGAAGGGCUACGUAACCCGUUUGCGGCAAAUUUCAGACUCAGUUCAUUACACCGACAUAAAAUAUAUGUUUUAAAUUUAUUGUAGUAAAUGACAUGACAGGUAUUUUAAAAUUUUAAUUCACAUAAGCAAGUCAGAUUCAGAAUUGAAAGCACAAAGAAUUGUCACAAUUUGUGGCCAAUGGCAUUUUUAGAACAUACCUCGCGGGCGCCUUACAUGGUCCUCGCGGGCUACCAUUGGCCCGCAGGCACCACGUUGGUGACCCCUGCUCUAUGUUAUAAUGUGAUUCAUUUCACGUUAUAACGUAGAAAAUAACAAAUUAAUAAAUUUCACCUCUCUUCACCCCGCCCACCCCCCCAAAAGGCAAUUACUUGUGGUUCUACGACAUGUUCUUGCUCAAUGCGUAAGAAGCAAUCUUCGGAUAAAUAUAAAUAUAUAAAUAUAAAUGUUCUAAAUUACAUGUUAUCACGUGGUUCAUUUCAUGUUAUAACAUGAAACGUUUCAUGUUUAUCAUGUGAAAUGAUUUAUUUUAUAACAUGGAAUGAUUCACGUUAUAUCGUGAAACAUGUCUUAACGUGAAACAUCCACAUUAUAACGUGAAACGUAUCACGUUAUAAUGUGAUAGCGACUUUUUAUUUUAUUUUAUUUAUUUUUUGGUGUGGUAGCAAUACGUUUCCGUACUGCACACAGGGACCGCAGCAUAUUUUAGGAAGAUUUCCAAAGAGAAAAUCGUAACACUGUUUUGCUCUUUUUAUGGGCCGUCUUGAAUGAUUUCCACCACGUUUGAAAGUAAAGCAGAUUAAGCGUUGGGCCGCUGCAUUCACUGUACUUGAUUGAAGUGGGUGCCAUGCACACGCAAUACAAUAUGGAUUCCUACUGGGUCAUUUUAUUGAGAGAAAUUAUAAUUCCCACAUGCAGUGGACGGUUAAUUCACUUUUGAUUUGCCUCGCACAGGAAUUUGUUCAUUUUGCACCUUGCUAGCUCGUUCACAGCAGGGAGCCUUUGGGCCAAAAUGGGCCAUCUUAAUGCCGGCUCGCUUGUUCUUAAUCUCCUUCAAACUGCUAUUUAUGGAAUCAUUUCAAAAUUGUUCACAUUGGGGGCCUUUGGUUGUUUCAACCCAACUCAAGACUGAUUAAAAGUCACU